AUGGCAUCCUCGGCCACCCUGCUAUGGAUUCUGCUGUCCUGCCCAGCCGCAUGCCAUGCCAGCAGCCAGAAUCCCAGCUACAACGUGGCAACCAAGAAAGAGAUCAGCCUGGAAGGGGACCUGGUUAUAGGAGGCCUGUUCCCAGUUCAUGAGAAGGGUGGCCCUACAGAGGAGUGUGGCAAGAUCAAUGAACACCGUGGCAUCCAGCGCCUCGAGGCGAUGCUAUUUGCACUCGAUGAGAUUAACAAGAACCCGCAGAUCCUUCCAGGCAUCACGCUGGGGGCACACAUUUUAGACACCUGCUCGAAGGACACCUAUGCCCUGGAACAGUCCCUGGACUUUGUCCGGGCCUCCCUCACCAGAGUGGAUGGCUCUGAGCACAUCUGCCCCGAUGGGUCCUAUGCCAUCCAUGACGAUGUUCCUACAGCCAUCACUGGAGUCAUUGGGGGUUCUUACAGUGAUGUCUCAAUUCAGGUGGCUAACCUCCUGCGCCUGUUCCAGAUUCCCCAGAUCAGCUAUGCCUCCACCAGUGCCAAGCUCAGCGACAAGACUCGCUAUGAUUACUUUGCUCGCACUGUUCCCCCAGACUUCUACCAGGCCAAGGCCAUGUCUGAGAUCCUGCGCUUCUUCAACUGGACCUAUGUCUCGACUGUGGCCUCCGAAGGAGACUAUGGAGAGACAGGCAUCGAAGCGUUUGAGCAGCAAGCCCGAGCUCGCAACAUCUGCAUUGCCACCUCAGAGAAAGUGGGGCGCUCCAUGAACAAGAAGACCUUUGACGGGGUGAUCAAAGCUCUGCUGCAGAAGCCCAGUGCAAGGGUGGUCGUGUUGUUUACCCGAAGCGAGGAUGCUCGGGAGCUGCUGGCAGCUGCUCAGAGGAUCAACGUGUCCUUCACAUGGGUGGCCAGUGAUGGCUGGGGGGCCCUAGAGAGCGUCGUGGCUGGCAGUGAGCCAGUGGCUGAUGGAGCAAUCACGAUUGAACUGUCAUCCUACCCGGUGCAGGAAUUUGCGGUGUACUUCCAAAAACUUGACCCCUACAACAACAGCAGGAAUCCAUGGUUCCGAGAGUUCUGGGAACACAAGUUCCAGUGCAGCUUCCACAGCCAGAACUGCAGCCAGUUCUCCCUGAAGUCGGGCAAGUUUGAGCAGGAGUCCAAGAUCAUGUUUGUGGUCAAUGCUGUCUACGCAAUGGCCCAUGCCCUUCACAACAUGUACCAGGCAUUGUGCCCCAACGCCACAAAGCUCUGCGAUUCCAUGAAGCCAGUAAAUGGCAAGAGAUUCUACAAGGAGUUCAUGCUCAAUGUGACAUUUGAUGCUCCAUUUCGGCCAUCCUCAGACUCAAAAAGUACCGUUCGAUUUGACCGCUGUGGGGAUGGUAUUGGCCGCUACAAUAUCUUCAACUACCAUCGAGCCGACGGGAGGUAUCACUAUCAGAAAGUGGGCUACUGGGCAGAAGGACUCAUCCUAAACACCAGCCUCAUUCCCUGGGUGAAGACGUCCAUUCCCGUUUCCCAGUGCAGCGACCCCUGCAAGAAGAACGAGAUGAAGAGCAUGCAGCCAGGAGACAUGUGCUGCUGGAUAUGCAUUCCCUGCCAGCCGUAUGAAUACCUGAUGGAUGAGUUCACUUGCAGGGACUGUGGUCUUGGCUACUGGCCCAAUGAGACGCUCAAUGGCUGCUAUGAGCUCCCCCAGGAGUACAUCCGCUGGAAGGAUGUCUGGGCCAUCGGGCCCGUCACUAUUUCUUGCCUUGGCUUCAUCUCCACUCUGUUUGUUUUCGGGGUCUUUGUUAAGAACAACAAUACCCCCAUUGUGAAGGCUUCUGGUCGUGAACUGUGCUACAUCCUGCUCACUGGGGUGCUGAUGUGCUACAGUAUGACGUUCAUCUUCAUUGCCAAGCCCUCCACGGUGGUCUGCACCUUGCGGCGGCUGGGGCUGGGCACCUCCUUUGCAGUCUGCUACUCUGCCCUCUUGACCAAGACAAACCGUAUUGCUCGGAUCUUCAGUGGGGUGAAGGAGGGUGUGCAGCGCCCGCGGUUUAUAAGCCCUACCUCACAGGUGGUCAUCUGCAUGGCUCUAAUUUCUUGCCAGUUAAUUAUCGUUGUCAUCUGGCUCAUGGUGGAGACGCCUGGAACACGAAAGGAGACGGAGCCUGACAAAAGGUAUAUUGUCACCCUCAAGUGCAACAACCGAGACUCAAGUAUGCUCAUUUCACUGACCUACAAUGUCCUCUUGAUCGUCUUGUGUACAGUCUAUGCCUUCAAGACCAGGAAAUGUCCUGAAAACUUCAAUGAGGCCAAAUUCAUUGGGUUUACAAUGUAUACCACAUGCAUCAUCUGGCUGGCCUUUCUGCCCAUCUUCUAUGUCACCUCCAGUGAUUAUCGGGUUCAGACCACCACCAUGUGCAUCUCCGUUAGCCUCAGCGGCACCGUGGUCCUUGGUUGCCUCUUUGCACCCAAGAUGCACAUCAUCCUCUUCCAGCCGCAGAAGAAUGUAGCGAGCCAUCGUGUUUCCACCAACCGUUUCAGUGUGACAGCUGCAGGCUCCAGUCACUCCCAGGGGUCAUCUUCUCAAUAUGUCCCAACAGUGUGUAAUGGUCGUGAAGUAGUGGACUCCACAACAUCCUCCUUGUGA